CAGCUGUGUCUGCGGAUCUGCUGUCCAGCACACAAUACAUUUAAUUGCCUGCAGGGGAUCUUUGGGAGAUGUCUGGACGAGAGGGGAGCUGUCAUCGAGGAGGCCAUGGUGGCCACGGAGAUGGAGAUGGCCAGGGGCAUGGACACGGGCAUGGCCACGGCCACGGGCACGGGCACGGCCACGGCCACGGGCACCGCCACGGCCACGGGCACGGCCACGGCCAUGGCCACGGGCACGGACACGGACAAGGACAUGGACAUGGACAUGGGCCAGGGAAAAAUUGCAAGCGCAGGCACAAGGGAGGUCACAAGCAUAGCAAGUGUCACAAGAAGGGAAAGGACUGUCACGGGUAUUCCAGCAGCUCCUGCAGCAGCAGCAGCAGCAGCAGCAGCAGCAGCAGCAGUGAUUCUGACUAGAUGACGAUUCCUGGCUCGGAAAAGAGGCGAGACAAGUUACCACCUGCAAACCUUUGCCAAGAAUUACGAAUGAAAUGAAAAGGUUCUUUGCAACUCAAAAGCAUGUCCUGACAAAUUAUGUCAAAACUGACUGUUGCAUCACUGGUUGCAUGACUUUGUGCCAAAUAUAAGAUAAUAAAGUUUAGAAUUAAAACAGA